CCUUGGGUUGGGCCCGGGGGGAGGGGCACCUCGGUAUAUAAACCCCUUUGCUUUGGAACUUAUCCAUCAGUUCUAUUCAACUAUUCAAUCUGAUAACAAGAUAGACAUAAUAAUUCAAAAAUGUUUAAAUCGGCUCAAACAAUCGUCCGCGGCGUCCAUACUAAAGGAGUCGCCAAAGCAGUCGAACAAGUUGUCGAAAAGGUUGAGAAAGCUGUAGGCCAAGUAGAGAAGGUUGUCGAGAAAGCUCUCCCCGGAGAAGAAUUUUCCACUGCGCAUCGACACUUUGACAAGAUGCUUUAUGAAAUGAUGCCCGCCACAUUUUCUGAGUUUAAAUCCUAUCCGUUCGACGAUCCAAAAAGAAGCUUCAGUGGAUCACACAGGCAUCUGGACCAUAUGCUUUACGACAUGAUGCCAGCCACCUUCUCUGAGUUCAGGAGCUACCCCUUCCCAGACUCCAAGGAGGGGAAGGAGGGGAAGGACAGGAGCGUGGUUGAGGCUGGGAAGGAGGAUAAUGAGGGGAUGAUCUGGAAGGAAUUUUUCUCGCCAUUUUUCUCCGGAAGAAUGAUGAUGCCCCUGAAGACUAUGGGUACUGGUAUAAAGAUAGAAGAGGAUGGAGAAUUUAUUAAAUGUAAAAUUGAUACAAGUGGAUUUAAACCAGAAAAUGUCAAGGUAGGAUAUUUUUUAUAUUUUGACAUUUACUCGGACAUUUACUCGAGUACAUUUACUCGGACAUUUACUCGAGUACAUUUACUUCAGUUUAAACAAAUAUUUGUUGGUGAUGAUGAUCGAUAAUAAUAUU